AAGUUAGCAGUUACGAUUCGAUCGACACGGUGUAUGGACAACACGGCUUCAGUGUCUAAAUAUAAAAUUGUUAGUGUUGUAAAGUGUUUUUAAAGUGCGAUGGCAGGAGCUGGCACGGGUGAAGGGAAGGGCCCAAUGGUGGGCAAGCUGGAGUCCCAAAUCUAUUGUAUCAAGUACACAUUGUUUUGCUUCAACGUCGUGUUGUGGUUGUUUGGGGUGUCCAUCUUCGCUCUCUGCUUAUGGAUAUGCAUCGAGCCAGGCUUCAACGAAUGGAUGACCAUCCUUGAGCUGAGGAAAUACUUCAUUGGUAUCUAUAUUAUCCUGAUCGCUUCUCUCGGAAUUAUGGUCAUCGCAUUCCUUGGAUGCGGGUCUGCGUUAAUGGAAAAUGUGAUGUUGCUAUAUGCGUACAUAGCAUCACAAAUAGCCGUGUUUGUGUUCGGCCUGGUUGGAGCCUGUGUCGUUUUGGACUUCUCUACAUACGACUCCAGCAUCCAGCCAUUGAUAAGAGACGUUAUAGUGAGGCUUAUGAAUAACCCGCAACAUGAAGGCAGUCGAGAGAUACUACGGAUGGUGCAAGAAGGAAUCGGUUGCUGCGGUGCCGAAGGUCCUAUGGACUACAUCAACAUGAACAAGCCCCUUCCCGCCGAAUGCCGUGACUCGGUCACUGGCAAUGCUUACUUCCACGGUUGCAUUGACGAGCUCACCUGGUAUUUGGAAGGCAAGACUGGCUGGUUGGCUGGCAUUGUACUGGCUUCUUGCAUGAUUUCUGUCGUGAAUGCUGUCAUGUCAUUGGUCCUCAUCCAAGCCGUGAAGAAAGAAGAAGAUGAAGCAACAAUAUACAAAUAGAUUUAUUAUUAUACUUAAAUAAUAUAAUACAUUAUAUUAAGUUAGUUUUAUUCUUUUUAAAUAAUAAUUUUAUUUCUAUAAUUCAACUACAAAUCCGACAAAACGAAAUAAUGUUAUUUUAAAACAACCACCGUAUCUUAAUUAAGUAAAAACUUAGAUUGUAAUUUUGUUUAACCGUUUGUUUUAAUAAAGAGUAUUUUUACGACCA